AUGACGAGGCCGAUAAGCGUCAUCGCGUCAUUCGGACACCGCCACUUUUCGCAGGCAACACCCGGUUCGCCACCUUACCGCGUCUUAUUUUUCGGAACAGAUAACGUCUCACUCGCCACGCUUAAAAUGCUGUAUGCCAACUGUAAGCAUGUUAUUGGUAGCGAUGGAUUGAUUGAGCAUAUUGAAGUGGUGUGCCCUUCGAACCGUCCAAUGAACGGAAGCAAGAAGGCUGAGCCGGUACCGGUCAAAAAAUUUGCACAGCGCCGUUGCAUUAAGACCUUCGACACGCCUUCAAAUCUUAAGUCACUUAAAACGUGGGAUUUUCCCGUUUCUGAAAAAUUUGAUGUGGGUGUUGUGGUGUCAUUUGGGUACUUUUUGCAUCCGCACAUGCUGAAAAAUCUUUAUCACGGUGCAAUUAAUAUGCAUCCAUCGUUGUUGCCAAAGUACCGUGGUCCUGCCCCGAUCCAUCACGCAUUGCUUAACGGUGAUUUGAUAACCGGCGUGUCAAUAAUUGAGAUCGUUUCGGAAGCUUUCGAUGCUGGAAGAAUUUUACUGCAAAAGCCCUACGAAAUCAAGCCCGGCAUCCAGUACCGAGACCUAGCAGAUGAACUUGCAGCGUUUGGUUCGGAAUGCGUGUUGAAAACGCUGGCUUCAUUACAGACAAUGAAGGAAAAAGCUGUCGUGCAGGACGACGCCAGGGCUAGUAAGGCCCCCAAAUUGAAAUUCAAAGAUGGUCUUAUCUCGUUCAAGGAAACAGCUAGAGAUAUUUUCCACCGGUGGCAGGCUUUGAGCAAUUCAGUCGGAGUAAACGUUUAUUUCAGAGGGAACGUAGUUAAGCUGGUUGAGAUCCAGCUUCCGAUGGAUCAAGAGCUAGACUUUGUAAAGGCUGAUGAGGCCCGCAACGGAGUAGCAGCAAUUGGAACCUUUUUCUUUGAAAAAAAUCGUCAAGUGAUUUGGUUGCGAUGCGAAAAUUUUUCUUGGUUAAAAGUUUUAAGUUUGCAACAAGCAGGUCGAAAGGUCGGCACUGCGCUCGAUUUUUGCAACGGAAUUCGGCUGAAGAAUAUGCAACGCGAGCUAUUUGAGCAGGUGCCUAUGGAUAGAUUUGAAGUUGUAAAUCAUCUUUAG